AUGAGACCUUGGGGUACCGAUCUUUUGAGGGAGUCGUCAGAUAAGGUGAAAGUGAUUCAGCAGAAACUUCUAGCGGCUCAGAGUAGGCAAAAGGAGUAUGUGAACCGAAAGGUCCGAGAUCUAGCGCUCAUGGUUAGGGAGAAAGUUUUGUUGAAGGUUUCGCCCAUGAAGGGUGUGAUGAGAUUUGGGAAGAAGGGAAAGCAUAGACCUAGGUUUAUUGGUCCAUUUGAGAUCCUUCGUCGUGUAGGAGAGGUAGCUUAUGAGUUGGCAUUACCUCCGGGUUUGUCAGGUGUUCACCCGGUGUUUCAUGUGUCCAUGCUGAAGAAAUAUCAUUCGGAUGGGUCUUAUACCAUUCAGUGGGUUUCGGUUCUAUUUGAUCAGAAUUUGUCUUUUAGGGAGAAGCCGAUGCCAUCUUGGAUAGGGAGGUUCAGAAGUUGA